GUUACUUCAUUACCUAUCCUGAUACAUGAUUAACUUCAUUUUGUGCAGUCAGUUUAUAAAAAAGAAACUCAAAAAGCUCAAAAAUGUCGAGGAAGAGUUCAGGAGACGACUACAGAAAAGGGUCAAGUGCCUACAGAGCAGAGGAGAGCAGAGGCGACCGAGAUGACAGAGGCAGAGACCGGGAACGUUCCCCGUUGAGGACCGAUGAUCGGCGUGAUCACCAGGCCAGUUACAAUCAGAAUGACACCAAGAAGCAGAAAUUGGCUUUCGGUUUUGGGAAAAAAGCGCCCAGCAGUGAUCCGAAGAAAGGAAUUCAAAUCAAGCUGGGUGCAACAUCGAAUCCUAGUUCGAAACCUGCGACAGUUCAGAGGCCAACAGUGGCCUCGGUCUUUAACACAGACGAGGACGACGAACCCGAGGAGAUGCCUGCAGAGGCGAGGAUGAGGAUGCGAAACAUUGGACGAGAAACGCCAACUUCGGCGGGGCCAAAUUCUUUUGGCAAAACGAAGCAAGGUUUCUGCGACUCGAAAAAAAUCUUCGAGAAGACGCUCAAGAAAGCAAUGGAGGACGCAAAUAAAUGAUUUCCAGCAGUCGUUUGUUUAAAUAAUCUUGUUGAUUGUGUACAUUAACGUGACGCCUGAUGUUGGUCAUCAAAACUGAAGUGAAAAAAAGUAGACUAAACAAAUAUCGGAAUCAAUUAAAUAUAUCAGAAAGAAUUUUUUGACUACAGUAGUCACUUGCGCAAAUAUAUAUAUUUAACUCAACGAAAGCUAACGCGCUUGAUCAAAUUUUGCCACCCCCCCCCCUUUUUUGACAGCAACAAUAAUGAUAAUAGUAUUAAAAUCGCCGCUAGGAAAUCAAGUUGUGAUAUUGAAAUACUUCGAGACGAUGAUUCGUAAUGUUUCAUGUUCGACCCAUAUUUAACUCGGUACAAAUGUGAAAUGUCUAUUUUGCAAACUAGGUAAAUCGUAAACAAUAUGUGUAUUUUUAAUUAAACUCGCGAAAAGUAGUUCUAGAAGUUAUGUUCUAGAACUUAUGCUCUAGAAUUAACGUUCUAGAACUUAUGUUCUAGAAGUUAUGUUCCAGAACUUUAUGUUCUAGAAGUUAUGUUCCAGAACUUUAUGUUCUAGAAGUUAUGUUCCAGAACUUUAUGUUCUAGAAUUAAUGUUCUAGAACUAUAUUUUGGGCUGUAGCAUAAAAGCUUAUAGUCGACUUUUUCAAGUGAGAUUUUUGUUCUUUUAGAGACUGUGUUGAAUAUGUAAUAAACGAAUUAAGUAUCAUGCGUGGUAGGUCCUUUUUAAAGCUUGAGAGAUAGGAUUUCGAAAUUGUAAUGGUGAUUUGGAUUCGCAAAUGACGAAGGUAAAUAAAUGAAUUUUUCAACUUCAAAGUAA